AACAGAAGCCCUGCUCUUGGAAGGGCGUUAAGGCUGCGGGAUGGACAACGAAGCUGGAGCCAUCUGAGGCAGAAAACCAGGCAGCAGCGUGGGACUGAGUGGACUGAGAUAGAUGUGCCUAGGAUUGAGUUGUCUGUGCAGGGGCGGGGGGUUCCGAUCGAUGUCAAGAAAUGACCAACACCGCACAGCCGCGCAAAGAGGGCUGCUCAGAUUUCCUUUCGCAGUAUGAGCACAUCUGCGCGCUCCAGGGCUUGGUACCUCUCCCAGCGGUGAGGACCAGCCUGAAGAUGGGUACGCUGGGCUUUAAUGCGGAUCGCCUCCGCUUACUGGACUGGGUGCCUUUGCUGAGCGCCCUGAGGAUCAACAAAACCCUGCCCUCCGUCUCAGUCAGGAGCACCUUUCAGCCAUCCUUGCAAGACACUCUGAUGGAGAAGCAUAAAUCCUACACGAGAAGGCGCAUCCCCGCCGUCACUACUAAAGAAGUCACUAUUCAGUUGUGUAAAGCUAUCAAAGGCUGCUUAACCACAUCUACUGCUCUAACCAACCUCGAGUUUCAGGGAAUCCUUUUAAGAGGGCGAGAUAUAAUGUUCUUAGCCAAGGGAUUGAGUAAAUCAGCAUCCCUGGCACACCUCUCUCUGGCGUUUUGUCCAAUUGGAGAUGUAGGUUUAGAAAUAAUCUGUCAAAACAUCAGGAGCAUAACAACUCUGAAGACUGUAAACUUCACUGCGUGCAAUCUUACUUGGCGAGGAGCAAAGCAUAUAUCCAACGUCUUAAAAUAUCAGGCAGUAAAAAGGCAUGAGGAAGUUUGGACCGCCAAUCUUCGCAGCAGAAAUGCUGAUCUGGAGGGCAUGGGUGGCUUGAAGCGAGUCACUUUCAAUUCCAACCCACUUGUAGGCGAUCAAGGUGCCCAUGCUUUUGCAGACUCGAUUUGUGACAAUUUAUGGCUGAGAGCCCUUGACCUGCAGUUGUGUGGAAUUAGCAGUGGGGGCGCCAAAGCUUUACUAGAUAGUCUGGAAUCCAACGCAACUCUGGUGGUUCUGGAUAUAAGAAAAAACCCACUUGUUGAUCAUUCUUUGAUGAGGGCAAUUGUUGAUAAACUUAACCAUAAUGCAAAGAGUACUAAAUCAGAAUUUAAGUGGUUAAGUUCUUCCUCUUUAAAGGACUUUUUCAAAGGCAAACAGAAGAGAAGAACUAUAAUUCUGGGAAGUGGUCGAAAAGGAAAAGCUACUAUUCGGAUUGGCGUACCAUCAAAGAAACCCAUAUUGACUGGAAGAAGAUAUGUCCCAGCAAAAGAAUUUUAUGUCCCAGAUCCAUCACCAGGUGUACCUUGGCGUACAGCAGAACGGGCAAAGAGGUAUAGGGGUUUCCCACAGAUCAAAAGCAGAGAUAUAUCGUGUUGAGUGAAAUGCCAGGUUGUGUCACUUUUGAAGAGAAAGAAAACUUAAAGGAUAAGACAUCCAUUUGAAAGAGAGAAACGAGAUAGCAUGGUUCAAAAUAAACACCCACAUCUUGCCUUAAACACAUAUUUUGUAAAAACAAGAAGAGCUAUGGUGCCCUUAUGAGAGUCAUUGAAACUACAUUAAAAUGGAAUAUUCAAAUCUGUAUUGCUGAAGUAGAAAUUCAUCCCAGUUAUAAUUGCCUCUAAUAAUUUAGAUAGUAUUUGUUAGUUUGCAAGGAAGUUCCCCCAAUGUAUGACUAAGUUCCUAUCCUUUUUUGAUUUAGUUUUUUUUUUAAAGAAGAAAAAUAGUUUUGUUUUUUUCUCCUAAGGCCUAUCAGGAAAGUCUUAUUAAACAUGUAAAUCCCCAGUGAUUACCAGGUGAUCAAAUAAGAAUUUGCCAUUUUUGAAAUGCUAAGCAUUGGAUUCUGAAUGUGAUGCACCCCAAAGAGGGGACAACCUGGCCCAUUUAAUAAUGCAUACUUCAUUUACAGUUCUGAGUACUAUCUUUCUUCCAGCUAUGAUAUUUCCCUCAGUUAUAGUCUUGAUGCAUGUGGAUCUCUAAGUACAUUUUAACGUAGAACAACAACGGGAUGAUACACUCCACAAAAUUCAUGAAGAGGAAAUAGACAUAUUUCGGCAUGGGAGAAUAUUUAUGCAUUAUUUAACAGCAAUAAUGUUUGAAUUCAUACAUUAUGCAAAUGCAGUUAUAAUCAGGAAAAUUAAAGAACUUGG